CCGAAAAAUGUUUUACGAAGAGGCAGAUACGGAUAUAACUAAAGCGUAGGGAAGAAAGUGCGACGAUUUCUGUUUAAGAAGCCUCAUCUUGGUUGUGAAUACGAAAGCGAAAUUUUCUUUUUUUCUCUCCAGUUUGUGUCCAUAAAUUUAACGAUGAAUCUUCACAAAUUGCAUUUCCUCGCUAUUUCUUUAUUUAUUGCUUACAGUGGCGCAGUUAUCAGAAUCCCACUGAAGAAAACGCGGACUCUGCGUCGUCAGCUGUGUGACAAUGGAAUGACGGUGGAUCAGCUUCUGUCCAGGGCGCAUGCUGAACACAACCUCGCCACCGACCCCAGCAAGACUGUCCCGGUGGAGAGGCUGACCAACUUCAUGGACGCCCAGUAUUACGGGGUGAUCAGCAUCGGCACCCCUCCACAGGAGUUCUCCGUGCUGUUUGAUACAGGCUCCUCCAAUCUCUGGGUGCCCUCCAUCCACUGCUCCUUCUGGGACAUUGCCUGCUGGCUCCACCAUCGCUACAACUCCGGGAAGUCCAGCUCCUACGUGGCCAACGGGACGAAGUUCUCCAUCCAAUACGGAAGGGGAAGCAUGUCCGGCUACAUCAGCCAGGACACCGUCUCCUUGGCCGGGCUGGUGGUGCCAGGCCAGCAGUUCGCCGAGGCCGUGACCCAGCCGGGCCUGGUGUUCGCAGUGGCGCGUUUCGACGGGGUGCUGGGGAUGGGGUACCCCUCCAUCUCGGUCGCCGGCGUCAGGCCCGUGUUCGACACCGCCAUGGCCGCCAAGCUUCUGCCUCAGAACAUCUUCUCCUUCUACAUGAGCAGGGACCCGAAGGCGGCCGUGGGUGGCGAGCUGGUGCUGGGAGGAGCCGAUGCGCAGCACUACGAGGGGCCGCUGCACUACGUCAAGGUCUCUCGCAAGGCCUACUGGCAGAUCACCAUGGACGGGGUAUCUGUUGGGAAUCAGCUGGCCCUCUGCAAGGGUGGUUGCCAGGCGAUUGUCGACACGGGAACCUCCAUGAUCACAGGGCCCGUAGACGAAGUCAGAGCGCUGCAGAAAGCCAUCGGGGCCUUGCCUCUGCUGAUGGGGGAGUAUUUGAUCGACUGCAAGAAGAUCCCGUCUCUCCCCGUCAUUUCUCUCACUCUGGGGGGGAAGCAGUUCAACCUGACCGGGGAGGACUACAUCCUGAAGGAAUCCCAGCUGGGAGUGUCCAUCUGCCUGUCCGGCUUCAUGGCCAUGGACAUCCCGCCUCCGGCCGGGCCCCUGUGGAUCCUGGGAGACGUGUUCAUCGGGCGCUACUACAGCGUGUUCGACCGGGACGCCGACCGCCUGGGCUUCGCCCCCGCCAAAUAGAGAG